AAAUUAAUAAUAAUUUAUUCGAAUUUGGGCCUUAAGGAAGAGAUACGGAAACAAACCCUAGAUCCCAUCUAUAUAUAAAUCGCCACAAAACCCUACCUUUCUCUCAGUUUCUCGUUUUAGCCGGCAAAAAUGUCGAAGCGAGGGCGCGGAGGAUCUGCUGGUAACAAGUUCAGGAUGUCACUGGGUCUGCCGGUGGCGGCGACGGUGAAUUGUGCCGACAAUACUGGAGCCAAGAACUUGUACAUCAUCUCAGUUAAGGGUAUCAAGGGGCGUUUGAACAGAUUGCCAUCGGCUUGUGUGGGAGAUAUGGUGAUGGCCACUGUCAAAAAGGGUAAGCCCGAUCUCAGGAAGAAGGUCCUUCCUGCUGUCAUUGUUAGGCAGCGCAAGCCAUGGCGGCGAAAGGAUGGGGUUUUCAUGUACUUCGAAGAUAAUGCAGGAGUGAUUGUGAACCCUAAAGGUGAAAUGAAGGGUUCCGCAAUUACUGGUCCUAUUGGAAAGGAGUGUGCAGAUUUGUGGCCUAGGAUCGCCAGUGCAGCCAAUGCUAUUGCUUAGUGUUACUCUAGAGCUCAAAUCUUCUCCAUUCUGUGGUUACAGCAGCUCAUCAUUUUUGAUAUCCCAAUGUUAUAGUACUAAUUUAUUACCUCUUUUGAUUGAGUGAUUUGAUGCAAUAUUUUCGAGACUAUGAAUUAGAUUUUGAGUUGAAGGAAUUUUCUCAUUAUUACACCUCAUGGAUUUGUCUUCGAUAGUUUAUAACUAGCAAACAUUUCAAA